UUUUCAACAACACUUUCCCCGAGAUAGAUACAUGCUCAAUCGUUUUGAAGAGAAGCCAUGGAGUAUGGGAAAAGUUUUGCUUACUUUGAAUUCAAAGAUAAUUUUCACUUUUGAUUGACAUAAAAAUUAAAAGAAAGAUUAGUUCGAGCUUGGAAAGAAAGGGAGUCUUUAAGUAGCUCAAUUUUCAGUCAUUAUUGCAAGAAAGGAACAAUUCAAAGCUUAUUUCUAAAGUGAUUUACGUUUUGUGAGAAUGCAGAAUGGUUGACUUUGGUGCAGUUCAGUACGGGGAUAAUACUAAACGUUUUACAGUUAGUCAUCUGUUAGACUUACCUAGGAACAGUUGCUGCUUCCUUCAAGAACAGCCACAAGUGCAUCCCCCAUCCAUUGAGCUGGAAGAUGAUGAGAAAACGGAAGAUGAAACAGCUGAAGGUGAAAACCACAGAAAAAAGCCAAGAAGGAAUCGAACUACAUUUACAACGCAACAGUUAAAUGCCCUAGAAAAAAUAUUUGAAAGAACACACUACCCUGACGCAUUUGUUCGGGAGGAAUUAGCGAGGAAGGUCAAUCUCAGCGAAGCAAGGGUUCAAGUCUGGUUUCAGAACCGGAGGGCCAAGUUUCGUCGGAACGAGCGCACUAUCCUAGCUCAACGCAACCAGCUUCGCCCACCGUUGCCGACAGUAGAGCAACCUAUUGUGGCUCGCCCGACAACCCUUUUGCCAUGGAAAGUAUCGCCAACUUACUGCAGCGGCGCUUCCAGUGCCGGUCCGCUACAUUACGCUCUACCCAAUUUCCAACAACGCCAUCACGAUUAUGGAGGACCUCACCAUUACCCAGCACCACCAUGACGACGGUUGGAAUGGGGGACAUUUUUGUAGACUUUCUAUUCACGCGAGACAUUUACUCCGAAGAGUAAAAGAGAAAAUUGUG